AUGGAACUGAUUCAUGCUGCUGGGUUGAUAAAGAUUGUUGCUCACUUUGCAACAUGCUAUGAAGUCCUGGUGAAAAAAUUCAUUGUGAAACUCUCAGAAGAAUGUGCUGAUAGAAAAUCUAAGGAGUUUAGGAAGGUGAAUGUGAGGGGCAGGUGUGUUACAUUUUCUUCCACUGUGAUAAAUAACUAUUUGGGGAAGUCUGAUGAAGCUCAAACUAAGCUGGAAGUCUCUGAUAACAAGGUGUGCCAAGUCAUCACUGCCAACCAGGUCAAGAGAUGGCCUUUAAAAGGGAAGCUGUCUGCUAGUAAGCUAAGCAUGAAGUGUGUCAUGUUGCAUAAGAUUGGUGCUGCAAAUUGGAUGCCUACAAAUCAUAAAUCGACCAUUGCUACUAUCCUAGGAAGAUUUAUCUAUUUCGUUGGUACAAAAGCCAAGUCUGAUUAUGGUACCUACAUAUUUGAGCAGACUAUGAAGCAUGCUGGAAGCUUCAGUGUAAAAGGCCCUAUAGCUUUUCCAUCUCUCAUUUGUGGCAUUAUCUUGAACCAGUACCCAAGCAUCUUGGUUGAAAAGGACUAUAUCUGCAAAAGGGAAAGUGCUCUAUCAUUUCACUACAAACUAUUUCAAGGAACCCAUGUUCCUGACAUUGUCACAACAUCAGCUGGAACAUCCAAAGACAGCACACCUAUAGGUAAAGCUGCUGUGAUUACAAGGCUCAGGGAAACAUGCAAGGAGCUGGAGUCCAGAAAGCUGGCUCUUAAAAAAUUGAUCAGCUCUCUUGAGAUGGAAGAAGGUGCUGAGUUUGCUGAGAAUGAAGAAGCAGGUCCUGCGGCAUAUGAUGAACAGCAAGCUGAUUCAGAUAAGGUGGAAGAAGAAGAGGUCAAUCCAGAUGAUGGCACAGAUGAAGAAGAUGAUGUUGGCUCCAAUAGCUCCGAGUCUGAUGACUAG